CGCUUGGUUGCUCAGAGGGGAAGAUGGCGGCCAGCUUGGGCCGGUGAGGCGGUAACUCCUGUGGUGGGGGAGAGAGGGAGUGGAGGUGGCGGGAACGGGCCAGACGGCGGAGACCGCUAAGAGGGAGCCAAGGCCGAAGAUCCCACCUUUAACUUGGGCGGAGGGGAGUCCAGCCCAGAGACUGGACGUAUCCUAGAAGGAAAACAUCACCAUGGCUACAGAAAUUGGUUCUCCACCUCGUUUUUUCCAUAUGCCACGGUUCCAGCACCAGGCACCGAGGCAGCUCUUUUACAAACGACCAGACUUUGCGCAGCAGCAGGCGAUGCAGCAGCUCACAUUUGAUGGAAAACGAAUGAGAAAGGCUGUGAACCGGAAGACAAUAGACUACAAUCCCUCUGUGAUCAAAUAUUUGGAGAACAGAGUGUGGCAGAGAGACCAACGAGAUAUGCGGGCAAUCCAACCUGAUGCAGGAUAUUAUAAUGAUCUGGUUCCACCUAUAGGAAUGCUGAAUAAUCCUAUGAACGCAGUAACAACCAAAUUUGUUCGGACAUCUACCAAUAAAGUUAAAUGUCCAGUGUUUGUUGUUAGGUGGACUCCUGAAGGGAGACGGUUGGUUACUGGGGCUUCUAGUGGAGAGUUUACCCUGUGGAAUGGACUCACUUUCAAUUUUGAAACAAUAUUACAGGCUCACGAUAGCCCAGUGAGGGCCAUGACCUGGUCACACAAUGACAUGUGGAUGCUGACGGCAGACCACGGGGGAUAUGUGAAAUAUUGGCAGUCCAACAUGAACAACGUCAAGAUGUUCCAGGCACAUAAGGAGGCGAUUAGAGAGGCCAGUUUCUCACCCACGGAUAAUAAAUUUGCUACAUGCUCUGAUGACGGAACUGUUAGAAUCUGGGACUUUCUACGUUGCCAUGAGGAAAGAAUUCUUCGAGGGCAUGGUGCAGAUGUGAAAUGUGUAGACUGGCAUCCAACAAAAGGUUUAGUAGUUUCAGGAAGUAAAGAUAGUCAACAGCCAAUUAAGUUCUGGGAUCCAAAGACUGGGCAGAGCCUGGCAACACUGCAUGCCCAUAAAAACACUGUUAUGGAAGUUAAAUUAAAUCUCAAUGGCAAUUGGCUACUUACAGCAUCCCGGGACCACCUCUGUAAACUUUUUGACAUUAGAAAUCUAAAAGAGGAGCUUCAGGUCUUUAGAGGGCAUAAGAAAGAAGCCACAGCGGUAGCCUGGCAUCCUGUUCAUGAAGGUCUUUUUGCUAGUGGAGGAUCGGAUGGUUCUUUAUUGUUCUGGCAUGUUGGGGUGGAGAAGGAAGUAGGUGGAAUGGAGAUGGCCCAUGAAGGAAUGAUCUGGAGUUUAGCUUGGCAUCCUCUUGGACAUAUUCUCUGUUCAGGAUCAAAUGACCAUACCAGCAAAUUCUGGACUAGAAAUAGGCCUGGAGAUAAAAUGCGGGAUCGUUAUAACCUGAACCUACUCCCUGGAAUGUCAGAAGAUGGAGUAGAGUAUGAUGACCUUGAGCCUAAUAGUCUGGCAGUUAUUCCUGGGAUGGGAAUACCGGAGCAGUUAAAACUAGCAAUGGAACAAGAGCAAAUGGGGAAAGAUGAGUCAAAUGAAAUAGAAAUGACCAUUCCAGGAUUAGACUGGGGAAUGGAGGAGGUAAUGCAAAAGGACCAAAAGAAGGUGCCACAAAAAAAAGUUCCUUAUGCAAAGCCUAUUCCAGCUCAGUUCCAACAAGCCUGGAUGCAGAACAAAGUUCCAAUUCCUGCCCCAAAUGAGGUACUAAAUGACAGAAAAGAGGAUAUUAAACUUGAAGAAAAGAAAAAGACACAAGCAGAAAUAGAGCAAGAAAUGGCAACAUUGCAGUACACUAACCCACAGCUUUUGGAGCAACUCAAAAUUGAAAGACUUGCACAGAAACAAGCUGAACAAGUCCAACCACCUCCACCACCAGGGGGUCCUCUACUUGGACCCCAGCCUUUUCCAGGACAAGGUCCAAUGUCUCAGAUUCCUCAAGGUUUUCAGCAGCCUCAUCCACCCCAACAGAUGCCAAUGAACAUGGCUCAAAUGGGACCCCCUGGUCCACAAGGACAGUUCAGACCUCCCGGACCUCAGGGGCAGAUGGGACCACAAGGUCCUCCAUUGCAUCAGGGAGGUGCUGGUCCUCAAGGAUUCAUGGGACCACAAGGACCUCCAGGGCCCCAAGGCCCACCACAAGGACUCCCAAGGCCUCAGGAUAUGCAUGGCCACCAAGGAAUGCAAAGACAUGCUGGACCGCAUGGCCCAAUGGGACCUCAAGGACCACCUGGGCCACAGGGUAGUUCUGGGCCACAGGGUCCCAUGGGCCCCCAAGGUCCACCUGGGCCACAAAGUCAUUUGGGCCCCCAAGGUCCACCUGGUCCCCAAGGUCAUUUAGGCCCUCAGGGUCCACCUGGUACUCAAGGGAUGCAAGGACCACCUGGUCCAAGAGGGAUGCAGGGACCUCCUCAUCCCCAUGGAAUGCAAGGAGGACCAGGCUCUCAGGGGAUGCAGGGUCCUGUGUCCCAAGGGCCUCUAAUGGGUCUGAAUCCAAGAGGAAUGCAGGGACCUCCAGGUCCCCGAGAUAACCAAGGACCUGCUCCACAAGGGAUGAUGAUGGGGCACCCACCUCAAGAAAUGAGAGGACCUCACCCACCAAGUGGACUACUGGGACAUGGUCCUCAGGAGAUGAGAGGUCCUCAGGAAAUGAGAGGCAUGCAGGGGCCUCCACCGCAAGGGUCAAUGCUGGGGCCUCCCCAGGAAAUGCGUGGGCCUCCAGGUUCACAGGGACAGCAAGGGCCACCCCAGGGUUCUAUGGGACCUCCACCCCAGGGUGGCAUGCAGGGUCCCCCAGGACCUCAAGGACAGCAGAACCCUUCAAGAGGGCCUCAUCCUUCUCAAGGCCCAUUACCGUUCCAGCAGCAGAAAACACCCCUUUUAGGUGAUGGUCCACGCGCACCCUUUAAUCAGGAAGGACAGAACCCAGGCCCCCCACCCUUGAUACCAGGACUAGGGCAGCAGGGAUCACAAGGUCGAAUCCCCCCUCUUAAUCCGGGACAAGGACCUGGCCCUAAUAAAGGUAAAAAGGUCUGCUCUGUCAGAGGCUGCACCAAGUUCAAGAAUCACAAGGUGAUUCUCGUGGCCCUCCAAACCAUCACAUGGGCCCAAUGUCAGAGAGGAGGCAUGAUCAGAACAGUGGUCCAGAUCAUGGUCCUGAGAGAGGGCCAUUCCGAGCUGGCCAGGACUGUAGGGGUCCCCCUGAUAGACGUGGGCCUCACCCUGAUUUUCCUGAUGAUUUCAACCGACCAGAUGACUUUCACCCUGACAAGCGAUUUGGCCAUAGAUUACGUGAAUUUGAGGGAAGAGGAGGACCUUUGCCACAGGAAGAGAAAUGGAGGCGAGGAGGCCCAGGUCCUCCAUAUCCUCCAGAUCACCGCGAAUUCAAUGAGGGAGAUGGCCGGGGAGCAAAUCGUGGCCCCCCAGGUGCUUGGGAAGGACGAAGACCUGCAGAUGAGAGAUUUCCCAGAGAUCCAGAUGACCCACGUUUUAGAGGAAGGCGGGAAGAAAGCUUUAGAAGAGGAGGUGCACCCCAACGGCAUGAGGGUCGGGGUCCCCCCAGAGGAAGGGAAGGUUUUCCUGGUCCUGAAGACUUUGGGCCAGAGGAAAAUUUUGAUGUAUCAGAUGAGGCUGCAAGGGGAAGAGAUCUUAGAGGCCGAGGCCGAGGUACUCCAAGAGGAGGACGGAAGGGUUUACUUCCCACGCCGGAUGAAUUUCCUCGAUUUGAAGGAGGACGGAAACCAGAUUCAUGGGAUGCAAAUAGAGAACCAGGCCAUGAGCAUUUCCGGGAUGGUCCACGUCCUGAUCAUCCUCCUCAUGAUGGGCAUUCUCCUGCCAGCAGAGAACGCUCUUCCUCUCUCCAAGGCAUGGAUAUGGCUUCUUUACCACCCCGAAAGCGUCCCUGGCAUGAUGGACCUGGAACAUCUGACCAUAGAGAAAUGGAGGCUCCAGGUGGACCUACAGAGGAUCGAGGCAAAGGACGAGGAGGCCCAGGACCAUCCCAGAGAGUGCCAAAAUCUGGACGAUCCAGUUCCUUGGACGGAGAUCAUCAUGAUGGAUACCACAGAGAUGAACCUUAUGGGGGUCCUCAAAGCAGUGGCACCCCUUCCAGAGGAGGAAGGAGUGGAAGUAACUGGGGGAGAGGAAAUAACAUGAACUCUGGCCCACCACGGCGAGGAGCAUCAAGAGGUGGUGGAAGGGGUCGGUAGAAGAGGUUUUGGCUGGGAAACCCCCAGUCUUAACUGGACAGUAUUUAAAUAAUUCUUGUGGACUCAAGAGAAAUGAAAGGAUUCCUGCACCACCACAGUACUGGUUGGAUUCGUCACUGGGCUAUUUUUAUACCCAGUAUCUCCCAAUACGGUCUUCUAGAUCAAUAGACUGCUACUGGCUACAUCAUGGUAGCUGGUUUUCUGUUUUGUCCUGUCCACCUUUUUUCCCACCCCUGCAUUGUUUUGUGAAGAUAAAGCUGGAAUCUUUUUUUUUUUUUUUAGUGUUGUGAGACAUGGAGCACCUCCACAAAUUUGAGUUCAUGUCUAAUUGGAAACUUGUUUCUAUAUGUACAGUUUGUCAGAAAAAAAAAAGUUAAGUUGUUUUUGUAUGAAUACAGAAUGUGAUUUGCGUAAGAAUUAACACAACAAUCAUUGUGUCAUGAUUUUUAUUUACAACUACAGUUGUGAAAUACAUGCCUUAACGAAACCCUUAACUUCUACAAUAUAUUUCAAUAUCCCCAACCUUGUUAAUUAACUCUGUUGAGUUGUUAAAGAAAUUCUGUUAGUGGAAUAGUAAAUACUCCAAAUUGAAGUUUGGUUAUGAUACCAUGUGAGGCUGACAUGCCAGAUUGAUUAUCCUUCCAUCAUCUAAACUUCUAAGAAUUGAUUAUGAAUUCAUUUGAAGUCAGAAACUCCUUACCAUAUAAUAAUGUUAUGUACGGUGAUCUAUUAAAGUAUCCUCCAAAUGGAAAUGAAUUGAUCACUAUAUAUUAAUAGUCUUUCUUUCCUGGUGCCAGCCCUAACACUGCUCUCCAGGAAAAGGUGGUCACUUUCUGAAUUUCAUGACCCAGUUAUCUAAUUCUAGAGCUUAUGAGCCUGCUUGGUGGGUGAGUUCUUUUCUACUCACCACCUGAGGCAGAGGUAAGGUAGAAGCUACUUACAUGUGGACCACUCAUGACACCACAACCAGAAAAACACUGAUAGUACCAAUAACAACUGAGAGCAUUUCUUUGAACUGUUAUUGUAUUUUUACCACUUAAAAGAAAUUGUCAUUUAAAUUUUUUUUACCUUGUUUUUCAUAAAAGUUGUAAAGCAUCCCUUUUUAAGAACUGUCUUCUCCAUCAACACAUAUUCUUGUAGCUUGUAAAUUAUAGUUUGAGAAGACUUUUUUCACAUAGGCCAUUGUAGGAAACUUCCUUCUUCUACCCCUAAACCAAUGAAUGUUCCAUCUCAUAAACCAGAAACAGAAAAUACCUAUUGAGAAUACCUUGAAAA